CGGCCAACGAGUCUAUCGGAUAAUGCUUUGGAAUUGAUGUAAAGGACAGAUAUAGCACAGGAACAUUAACAUGUCGGCGGCGCUGAACCGUCUGUCUGCAGACAACGUCUCCAAUAGCCACAGUGGCAGCCAUCUCGGUCAUCUCUAUAUUGGCAUCCGCUCGUUCCACCACCAAACUCGCCAGGUUGAUGACAGCGAUGUGGACAAUGUUACGGACCAUGGUUUUCGGUUUCACUUAGAUAUAUGCGAAAACAUGAAGCAGAAUAGCACGUGUCUUCAGAUUGUAGACGAAUUUCAGACCUCUGACCAUUGGCUAAGCAGCAGCUCAGAGGCAGUUUUGAUAUUCUGUUAUUGCCUUGCAAUCGUUAUAGGAAUCAUCGGUAACUCUUUUGUUUGCUACAUCGUCAUCCGUUUUAAGCAUCUGCAAAAGCCUAGGAAUAUUCUUAUUCUGAAUCUUUCGAUUUGCGGGAUAAUAAUGUGCGUAGCCUGCAUGCCAUUUUCGUUGAUCCGCCUGACUCUCAAAAAUUGGUACUUCGGUGACUUCAUGUGCCGACUCAGUCCGACGCUACAAACGCUUGACGUCUUUGUGUCGACGUUUACUAUUGUGGCCAUAGCAAUAGACCGGUACUCAGCCAUCGUGUGUGCUCAACAGGACUCCAACAAUCGCACAAUCGUUUAUUACGUAAUCGCUCUCAUAUGGAUGACGUCAUUGGUACUAUGCAUCCCAAUGCUGACAUAUCAUGAAGUACGCACGGUAUUCCCAGAGCGCAUGAAUUUUCAUUUAUUCAAUAUUUGCAUGGAAGUAUGGCCAUCAGAUGUGCUUCGGAAAUCCUACUCCACGUUUGUGAUGAUUAUUCAGUAUGCUGCUCCGUUAAUCAUCAUUACCGUUCUCCAUUCGAAGAUUUGCAGAUUUUUAAAGUACAGAAUAACAGAGAAUCCUCAGACGGAGUUUGAGGUAGAUCGUAUGAUACGGGAAAUCAAACGACAGAGGCGUAACGUGUUACUCCUCGCAGCGAUUGCUGCAUCAUUCGCACUUGCAUGGCUGCCUCUCACCGUUCUCAACACAUUGGCCGAUUACGACUACAGGCUGUUCCUUCACAGAGAUUACAUCCAUGCGUACGCCUAUUGCCUUCUAGCAGCCAUGUGUUCCACGUGUCUUAAUCCUGUCAUCUACGGCUGGUUUAACACCAAUUUUAGAAAAGCUUUUAUGCAAGUAUGUUGCCAUCAAAAGACCAUCGAGAAUAGUCCAACUGAAUUAGCUACCAUAAAGAACGACUCCAGAGGGAAUGGCAAUCAGCCGUUCAGGUUUUACAGCAGUCUUCGGCUCGAACUUGGGUCAUUAGGGCCGCAACAAAGCAAAUCUUUCACCAGCAAGUCCUAUAGCAGCCCACGUCAGUCAUUGCCGCGACAAAAUGCAUGCAGAUCUCCCGAGGAACAAGACUAGACAUGUGUUGUUUCGUAUUAAAAAAUACUUUGUGGUUUGGAUUGCAUUUGUUCCCUGUUCUUUAAAUAUGUAACAUGAACUUAUACUUUUCUAGGGUUACACUGCUAAAGCUGUGUAACGUACGGUUAAAGUUAGAUUCAAAUAUAUGAGCUGUUCAUCUGUUAAAAAAAUGAAAAUCAUAAUCUUUGCAAUAUUGCAAAAUAAAUAUGCAUAUUUUAUUUUAUUUCCAUAACUUUUUUAUCCAAGUAAAUUAUUUAUGA